CAAGCCCGGCGUCUCUCCAACUUUUCCCGUUCCAGCCCGACUUCAGCGGGCGAAGGCUGACGAGAGGAGGCUUCUUCUGGGCCGCUCAGGCGACCUAAGGCGGCGUUCUUGGCGAGAGGCGUCGCUCGCCCUCACCCCCCGCCGGAGCCCGGCCCUCCAGAAACCAGCUGACAGCGGGAAACCCCGGCAGGAGGGCCGGGCGGGGCUCAGCAAGGCCGGGGAAGUCUGGCCUCAAGGAUGGCAGAGCGGUUUGGGGGCAAAUGAGCCGGAUUGCCAAUUCCGUCAUCCUAAGCUAGAAAGAUCCUCCAUGGAUGGCGAAGGCUAUCCCGCGUGCUUAGAUGGGAUAGACUAUGACGAUUUUCAGUUUGGCGCUCAUUUGAUUGAGCAGAAAGAACUGUUCAUGGAGACAGUUGAAGGCCCAUUUCUCACUAUAAUCGAACAGCCAAAACAGCGAGGUUUCCGGUUCCGUUAUGGCUGUGAAGGGCCUUCGCAUGGUGGGCUACCUGGAGCAUCUAGUGAGAAGGGACACAAGACUUAUCCCACUGUCAAGAUCUCUAAUUACACUGGACUGGCUAGGAUAGAGGUGGACUUGGUGACACACACUGAUCCUCCCCAAGUGCACGCUCAUAGUCUUGUGGGAAAACAGUGUAAUGAAGCUGGCAACUGCAUUGUGAUGGUGGGCCCAAAGGACAUGACUGCCCAAUUUAAUAACCUAGGCGUGCUCCAUGUGACUAAGAAAAACAUGAUGGAAGUCAUCAAGGACAAACUGCAGAAGCAGAAGAUGCGAAACAGAGCACAGCCUCUGACAGCAGAAUCUGAACAAGAAUUGAUUGACCAAGAAGCAAAAGAGUUGAAGAAGACAAUGGAUCUCAGCAUUGUUCGUUUACGCUUCAAUGCCUACCUUCGCGAUAGUAGUGGAAACUUCACUUUAGCAUUAAAUUCUGUUAUUUCUGACCCCAUUCAUGAUAGCAAAUCUCCUGGAGCUUCCAAUUUAAAAAUAUCUCGAAUGGAUAAGACGGCAGGCUCGGUGCGAGGUGGAGAUGAAGUAUAUUUGCUGUGUGAUAAAGUCCAGAAAGAUGAUAUUGAGGUGCGUUUUUAUGAAGAUGAUGAGAAUGGUUGGCAGGCCUUUGGAGAUUUCUCCCCCACCGAUGUGCAUAAACAGUACGCCAUUGUGUUCCGUACUCCGCCUUAUCACAAGACAAAAAUAGAUCGUCCAGUCACUGUGUUCCUUCAGUUGAAGCGCAAGCGAGGGGGUGACGUGAGUGACUCCAAGCAGUUUACAUACUACCCAGUGGUAGAAGAUAAGGAAGAAGUGGAAAGGAAGCGUAAGAAGAUCUUACCUCAGUUCCCCCAGCACUUUGGUGGCGGUGCGCCUAUGGGAGGCGCUGGUGGUGGAGGUGGUGGAUUUGGUUCUAGUGGAGCUGGGAGUCCCUGGCAUUCUUCAGGAUAUAGUCCAUAUAACAACAGCAUCUACCUAUCUGGAUCGCAUCCUAUAGGCAACUAUCAAGGUGGAAGAGGUAUCCAGAUGCCCAGAACUGCUAGACUGAAAGAUAGUGAACAUCAUCCUUCAGAAGACGACAGUGAUUAUAUUGAACUGCUGCAGCAUGCUCAGGAAUGUAGUUCCUGGAUGCUCAUGGUAGCUCGGCGCAGUGCCCAGGCACUUUUGGAUUACGCAGUUACUGCUGACCCACGUAUGUUGUUGGCUGUCCAAAGACAUUUGGCUGCUUCUCAGGAUGAAAAUGGAGAUUCGCCUUUGCACUUAGCUAUUAUUCAUGAGCAGACUGCUGUGAUUAUGCAACUGGUCCAGGUGGCUGUAAGCAUUCCUAAUCAACAGAUCAUCAACAUCACAAAUCACUUACAGCAGACACCGUUACAUCUGGCUGUGAUCACCCAUCAGCCCAGGGUGGCUGCUUUCUUACUUCAGGCUGGAGCAGAUCCCACUUUACUGGAUCGAUACGGCAACUCAGUCGUGCAUUUGGCUGUACAGUUGGAUGAUGAAGUGAUGCUGAAGAUUCUUCUCUGUCAUUUGGACCCCCAGAUUCUCCCACUUCUUGAGAUACCUAACUAUCUUGGUCUUUUUCCUGUGCAUCUUGCUGUGAAGUACGCAAGACCAGCCUGUCUUGAGUUGCUAGUUGAGAAAGGAGCGAAUGUGAAUGCCGCAGAACGGCAGAGUGGACGGACACCUUUACAUCUAGCUAUUGAAAUGGAUAAUCUUAACAUGACUGCAUGUUUGAUGAAGAAGCUGGGAGCUGAUGUAAAUGCUCGGACAUCUGCUGGGAAUACACCCCUUCAUUUGGCAGCAGCGUUGGGUUCUCCAAUUCUUACAAGGAUGCUAAUCAGUGCAGGGGCAGAUGUUUUAUGCGAAAACGACGAGCCCGUUUCAGACCCCUCAUCUCCACCCAACAGUGACAUUGAGAUGGAGGAAGAGGAAUGGGUCACAGAACUGGGAGGGACUUACGAUGACUUGACUGAGCAAGGCCUGGAUUAUAUUUCUGUGUUGGAGAGUGAGCAGUCCAAAAUGAAUCGGGGUCGGGGACACACCCCAUUUGAUUUGGCUGGUAGCCAGAAGGUGAGAGAAAUACUACUACAAGCUUCAAAACAGGAUGCUGGAAAGAAGCAGGGUACAUCUAAGCAAGGGAGCAUCUUACUUUUGAAUAACGAUGUUCUUCAGAGACUAGAGAAGCUCUUAAACCAGGGCUGCCAAGGGGAAAACUGGACAGAACUGGCCAAGAAAUUAGGUCUCGGCAGCUUAGUGGAGAUGUACAAAGACACGAUUUCCCCCAGCCGAAAACUCCUGCUCAGCUACGAGAUUGCUGGCGGCAGUCUCGAAGGUCUGUUGGAAGCCCUUGGCUCAAUGGGACUGACCGAAGGCGUGAGGUUAUUACAGAGAUUAGAGACGUUUGACAAGCUGCAAAGUGCAGAGCUGAAGGAAGACAGCGCUUACGGUAGUCAAUCAGUGGAAGCGGAACCAGCAGCUUUAUCUGGGAAACUGCAACCUGCCCCAUUGCUGGAGCCGCCUUCUCCCUUGCCUCACAGCCAGCCGGAGCAAGUGCACUGACCCUAGAUGAACCUCAGGAGAAAACAAGUAUUCAUUUCUUAUUAUGCAUGGGCCUCUCCAGGGUCCAGGAUGCUGUCAUCAAUGGGAAUCGCUAUACAGUCUGGGUCGUUCCCAUUUUUUCUUAGCCAGUCUGUGGCCUAUGUUAGCCAGAGCUCCGUAAAUGUGGAGAAAUCUGGUUGCGUAGUCCAAUACCUUUUAUCAAGCUCUGAUCCAGGCCUGCUUACAUUCUAGAACAGUGGUUCUCAACCUUUCUAAUGCCACGACCCCAUAAUACAGUUCCCCAUGUCGUGGUGACCCCCAACCACUUAUACAUUACCGGGUGCCAGGGGCGUGGCCAAAGAAAAGGGAAAAAAUGGCGGACAGCCUUGUUUGGCGACCCCCGUGAAAUGGUCGUUUGACCCCAAAUGGGGUCCCGACCCACAGGUUGAGAACCACUGUUCUAGAAUGUUUUAACUAUGGUUCCGCUCACCAUGUAGUGAGGGUUGGUUUUACAAUCAAAGCAGCCUGUGGGGCAAAACUGGAUUUCAGUGACCCACGCAGAUUAUUAUGAAUUAGUUUAACCGUUCUCUUGACUACACUUUUAAUAACUAUCAGCACGCGCCAUUUGUUCAUGAGAAUGCUUUUAUCAGUAAUCAGUUUCCAUACCCGCUGCCCAGUUUUUUGGUCCCAGAUAACUGCUUCCUUUUAUAUUCCUUAUUCAAAGAAGUCUUCUGUUGCAGAAUACAUUCAAUGAGGGAAUAACUUAGUUUGUUUGUUGAUGAUUCAGGCUGCCCUGAGUUGUGUGCCAAGUAGGUGACUAUAUAAAUUGAUUACAUAAAAUAAAUGUGUUUUUAUAGCAUUCCAAUGAUGCUAAUUCCCUCAGUAAGAAUAAACUAACUAUCCUUGCUAAUAGAAGCUCAGAGUUUGAAAUGACUUAUUUUUAAUUUUAAAUCUCUUCUGGUACAGUAUAUGAAUCUCCUUUGUUCAGAAAAUUAUAAAUUUCAUGACCAGGAAAAAGUGCAAAAUGGCUUAAAAAUCUCUUUAUUUUGUUGCUCAAUGAAGUUUUCUUUAGCAGUGUUUUGAUCUGGGAAAGGAAAAGGUACAGAGAGCAAAACGUUGCAGCAAUAACAACAUUGUGCCAGAAUGAAAUGUUUUAACAUUUAAAAAGUUUCUCAAGUCAAAAGUAUGGUUGUGUAUUGGCUUUAUGAUGUAGAGCUGAAAAAAUUCCGCCUUUAAAAUGUGGCUGAAAUGAACAUAAGAUUGUAGGAUAGUGAAGGUGAAUGCCAGUUUCUUGUGUUAAUAACAUUGUGUAUGACUAAAAGUAAUUAACAUGUAAAGUCAGAUUACUUUUGUAAAGAUGUAUGGCAAUAAUUGUUCAUUACUUUGCAUGCAGAAUCAGAGAUUUCCUGUGCUGAAUAAAAAUUUUCUACCUCUCUU